UCUCUCCAGGCUCGCAAAGUUUUAAUUUCAGCAAAAUCUUACUGCAAAAUCAAUCAAUCAAUCAAUCAAUCACUCAUGCCCGACGAUAAAGAAGAAUCGGAAGAACCCAAGGAAGACGACUCCUACGUCUGGGACAACGAUACACAGCUCUACAUCCAUCACAGUAGCGGGUUUUAUCAUGACCCGGUUGCUGGUUGGUACUAUUGCAGCAAGGAUGGUCUUUACUACAAGCAUGAAAACGGUGAAUAUGUUCCCUUGGAUUAUGAAGAGGACUCCGGCAGAAAAGAUUCUCCUGCUCAGGCUGAAGUUUUGGUGAGUGAUCCUGGAGAAACAGAGACAGAAACUCCUCCUUUAGAGCCAACAACAGGGUGCUCAAAUGACCAGGAACUUGAACAUCUUCAACGACCUUCCUUAUGGGUGGAAGAUACACUAAUAGAGCUUUAUUUGGCUGGAAACAAUCGACGGCCUAGCUAUUCUGCGGAGGAUAAUCAGAUGUUGUCAGCUAAUGGAGACGAUGAUGCUGAAGAACUUGAGGAGGGAGAAUGGAUCCCUGAAGAUGAUUUUGAUCCACAGCAAGACAACUUUGAUCAAGAUGUUUCUUCAAGGGAGGAAGAAAUGUGGCUAGCACAAUAUGGUCAAGUCACUCAAUCCCCUGACAAGAACCUGCCUGAGAUCCCGUCUGUUGACUUGUGGGAUUGGAAACUUGUUUGUGAAUCCAGAGAAGAUGACAAAGAACAGGUAGCUAGGCUAGUAGGGAGGCUGGUUAGACGGUCUGCCAAUCUUCAUCCAUCUGUGGCUUCUGGUGGCACACUUUUCAAAACUGCACCAAUUUGUGAAGCAUGCCUUCACCUGGUGCGAGUUAGGACAGGUCAAGUCUAUAAACUGCAAAAUCCUAGUCCAAAGUACCUUGCAACCUUAUCAGUAUAUGACGCGUCCAACCCAACAAAAGAAUGGGGAUUCCCUGAUGUUUCAACUACAUGGCAAGAUCCUGUUGCAAAACGCAAAGCUAAGAAGGUGAAACCAAAAACUGUGCGGAGACUCAAGGCGAAGGAACAACAUGAAGUCGACAUGAUUGAAGAGGAGAGAAGCUCUUCAUACAGAGAUAGAGCCGCGGAGAGAAGAAAUCUGCAUGGUGGAUAUGGUGUUGGACCAGGUCAAAAGGGGACAAUGGUGGGCCUAAACGCCGACGAGCAUGAUACGGCAUAUGAAGAGGAUGCCACAGCAGAAGAAGCAUUGGAGUUUUCAUUUGGGUCUGGAAGUUAUGCAAGGAGAAUUAUGGGAAACAUGGGCUGGAAGGAGGGUGAGACGCUGGGGAAGAAUGCAAAAGGUUUGGUUGAACCGAUACAAGCAGUAGGAAACACUGGGAAUGUAGGGCUUGGUUUUCCUCAAAGGAGAAGGAGAGGAUGAUGAGGUUGAUGGUUGAACUGUUCCAAAGGUAUGCCAUGACUUGGAAGAAAAACAUAUCACUACCUUUGUAAAUGAAUAUAUAUUUUUUGGGCACAAACAUUUUUGAGUCUGUAGAUUAACUUUGUAUAGUAUCUAUUGUCCUCAUUUCUAUGAUGACUGGAUUUUUUUAAAAGAAAGCUGAGUUGAUUAAAGUAACAACAAGUAUAUGAUAUACUUUAUG